CCGCGCGUUGCUAACUAUUCUUCGGAGUUCUUACUGGAUCGCUUAGUACAACUUGCGAAGGCAAAUGACUGAACUAUCGAUCAACUGGUUCAAACGAAAUUAUACCACUCUGGAGUUUUAACCUACGCAAUGCCAGAAAUGGGAACUUUAAGGAAUUCAGGUGGAAUACUUCGAAACUAUUCUAACGCAGCGGACCGCACACAAUGCACCAGAAUAUUGCGUGCCAAAAUGAUCCAUAUGUUACUUGCAGUGUUGCUACAAGCAAAUUGCUGUUUAGAAAAGUCCUUUGCGAUGAAGGAAACAUUUUGCGCCGAUCUAUCCAAUCGCCCAUUGUCAAUAGAAGAGCUGGAGAAAAUGUUCCCGCUUUUUGGAAGCACAGAUGAUGUGUUGCAGCAUGUUACAUCAAAUGAAACCAAAGAGCACUUUAAGGAAGUAUUAUCUGAGGGAUGCUUGGGGGACUUCUGUGAACCUGUCUAUCAGUGUCGGGAGAAUGUCCGAGCCAGAUUUUACGAUUUGGCGAUAGAUUACUUUGGCACUAUAAAUGGUCAAAAUCUGUCGUUGGUACCUAAGCCUCAUUUUAUGUACUACGUGAACAGGAUAGCGACACCACCUUCCUAUGGUGUGCGUACCAUGUUCGAGUUGGCAUGUGUCAUUAUGUGUCCCCUGGUCUCGGAAAACGGAAUGAUGAAUUUAUUCAAAUGUGCUUGUCCCGAUCCGUGUAAACGACAGAAGGCCUGUUCAGUGGAAAAUUGUAUACAACACGGUUAUAUGGAGCACCAGUUUGAGUGUAACUGUGACGAAGGAUUUGAAUGGAAUGCUGAAAUUUUCACUUGCGUGAACAAGAGGUUUUUGGAGUUACGUCGGCAGAUGGAGACUCAACAGGCCGAUCCAUACGAGUUGACCGGGUGCAAGUAUGCCAUCGAAUGCGAUGAAGCCGGUACAUUAUUCUGUACUACUGACGUCACAGGAUUGUUUCAUACGUGUAUUUGCAAACCACACUACACGGGUCAAUUUUGUACCGAACGUGUGGAUGCUUGCAGAGACCGUGUGCGGCACGCGUAUCUGCCUGGUGGUGGUAUGGUGGUGGCCGGCGACACUGCGUGCAACGUGAAUUCGGAUAAGAAUAUGUGCCGUUCCUACCUCAGUGCCGAAGGAUUCGUUUCCUACCGCUGCAACUGCGAUGAAACUAAGUGGAUUCCCGACCCCUCACUGACAUAUGACAAUUGUCUGAAACGUCGCACUACUUGUGACUCACUUAUGUGUGUGAAUGGCAAAUGUGUCACAAGCGAGCGAGGAACGCAGUCGUACUGUCUAUGUAAUCCGGGCUAUCGAGGUGAAUCAUGCAGCCAGUGGGUUGGUGAAUGGACAGAAUGGUCGGCGUGGGACAGAUGCUCCCCAGCAUGUGGAGAUGUGAGGUACUCUGUCCGAUCUCGUGAUUGUCUAUCGAUGAGACCGGAAUCUAUGGAGAAAAUUGAAUGCCUCGGUGCUUCUAUUGAAUACGCUGAGUGUGAUGAGCAUCCAUGCGCCCGAACCGAAGGCACCUUUGUGAACACCUACUUUUCCAUCCGACAAAAUGGAAUCGCCGCCAGCGUAGUUGCUGCAGCUGUUGCUUGUGCGGUGAUUUGUGGGGUAUGGUCUCUCUUUUGUUGGAGCAUCGUCAGUCGGCUGGUGUUGGGAACAUAUCGCAAGUUUCAACAAAGAGUGGGUCAGAUGACCGAAGCACGGGUAAGGCAUUCAUUAUCAUUGGAAACGUCCUUGAAAACAGAAUCGUGAAAGAUGCCGUAUGAGGUCUCGCGCGGAAUGGUCAAUGCAUUGGACGCCUUGGUGGCCGCUUCUUGUAAAUUGUACUGACCCAACUUCCACAUGGCGUAGAAUACAACCAAUUCCCUCACCUGUACGAUGGCACAGCACUAUAUUUGUGGCGUUUUCAUUAUUACCAAAGUACAGUGAUAUCUGAUUCA